AUGGCGUACCGGAGGAAACAAGGAGCGAUGUCUAGAUCAUCCACCUUCAAGGAAGAAAAGAACCCCCCACCCCCACCCGACGACGGAGAAUGGGCCGCUGCCUCCUCCCUCGCCGCUGCCGCCUCUGCCGCCCACCGCAACUCCACGGGAGGUCCCACGUAUGACUACACCGCCAUGGGAAGCUCGAACGAAACGGGGAGUUUUUGGGGAGUUCUUGCAAGAAAAGCGAAGGCCAUUCUUGAGGAUGAUGACAUUAAAUCACGCCCUCAUCUUCUUCAAUCCCCAACCCAGAAGAGACUAGACUCGCCCAAGGCUCCUCCUCCUACUCAGACUGAAAUAUCGAAGAAGCUAGACACUCCCACUCCGAGUCACGCCGCGAUAGCAUAUUCCACGAGGAGCAACAUUGCCAAAACCUUGGACGACGGAGGAGAGAGCAAGGGCCCUGAAACUCCUAAAAUACAGAUAGUAAGAAAAGGAAACAAUCUAGGACAAGAGAUGGGAGAACACCAUAAAUCAACAACACCUCAAGUACCUAAGAAUCCCACCACCCAAGAAGAUCUGCUCAAGGCAUCUCGCGACGUGGCAAUGGCGACUGCUGCCAAAGCGAAACUACUGCUUCGGGAGCUGAAAACGGUAAAAGCUGACCUAACUUUUACGAAGCAGCGAUGCACUCAGUUGGAAGAAGAGAACAGGAUCCUCAGACAUAAUGGUCCGGCUCACCAUGACGACGACAUGAUUCGGAAUCAGCUGGAGACACUGCUGGCGGAGAAGGCGCGUUUAGCUCAUGAAAACUCAGUGUACGCGCGUGAGAAUCGGGUGUUGAGAGAGAUAGUGGAGUACCAUCAGCUGACGACGCAGGAUGUUAUCUACGUGGACGAGGGGAGUGAUGAGGUGGCAGAAGUUCAUCCAAUCUUAUACUCGGCCUCUCUCCCUGACUCCCCUACCUCUCCACCGGAUCUCUCCUCUCUCUUCCGAAGCGCCUCCGCCACCGCCCACCUCCGAUUUGACCCUUAG